UUGACAAAUGCGUCAGAGCUAGAACGAAGUGGUUCAUUUUAGAAUUUUUCAUUGAGGAUUAUACAGCGGCUGGUCCGCUGAAAAUAUAUUGUGAUUAUUAACUUUAAAUGUAAAUAAAUAUUAUAGUGUAAACAAAAUGGCACCAAGUCCCGUUGAAGAGCUGGCUCUGAUGGACUUAGAAAGGUCAAAUAAAGGAGCAUCAAAACAACGAAGAGACCAAAUAAAUGGAGAAAUUUCCGUAAUGAGAGACCUAUUACCUUUACCAGAGAGUGCAAGGCAAAGAUUAUCCCAACUUCAGAUCAUGUCCCUUAGUUGUGUAUUUAUCAGAAAAUGUAACGUUUUGCAGAAAAUGGUUAAAUCAUCUCAGAAUAAUUCGGAAGUACCGUGCGAUUUUUCACAGUCACUGACCGGAUUUCUGCUGUUAACAACAAGAGAUGGAAAAUUACUUUAUAUAUCCGAAAACGUUACAGAAUACUUGGGACAUUCAAUGGUCGACAUGAAAACGCAAGGAGAUAGCUUGUUUGAUAUUGUAGACAAACGCGACCAUGGCACUGUGCAGGCGCAGUUGUUACAUGGUGGCGGGAAAAUGUCACAGGAUAUACCAACCAGCUUCUUCUGUCGAAUGAACAUGUCGAGGACCCUUAAACGACAAGCCGGAUUUGGAGAUGUUAAGGUCAUGCAUGUGAAAGGUCACUUUGUGACUGUACCAACACAGGAUUCUGAUGUAGAACAACAAGUGUUUAUUGCUGUUUGUUCACCUUUAAUUACACCGGACGUCAAAGAAAGCCUCAUCCAAAACAAUACCAUGGUCUUUAAAUCGGUUCACAACCUUGACAUGUCCUUCAUAGAACUUACAGUGAAUGGAGAAUAUCAUCUUCAGACAACUAAUGAUGAAAUCCAGAAUAAAUCUUGGUAUAGUUAUAUAUAUCCCGAGGAUUUGCAGGAGGCCAAGGACAAACAUACACAAUUAAUAAAAUCACGACAUGAAAUGGGGUGUAUGAUGACUGUACGCAUGAUCACAGCCAAAGAUGAAGUCAUCUGGGUCAACAUUGUGAUGCAAGUUAGACAGGCUUUGUUAUCCAAUAGUGAUGAACCGGUUAUCUUAUGCAUUAAUCAAGUCGUCAGUGAACAAGAGGCAUUCCAGUUCAAACUACAAGGGCAGCUAUUCGCAUUGUAUGCAUCUCGAACUCCAGAUUUCUUCUUCGGAUCAACAUUUUGUGCUCCUAUCCCAACAAAUACCGAAGGAAGUCCUAUGCUACCAGCUGCUGGUAACAUGUUCCCAUCGCCAUUUUUCUCCGGACAACAAAUUUUCGAUCAGCCUUUUGCAACCGUACCACAACCUGUUCACGGUCAAAUACCUCCAACGCACAAAUCUUUCUGUGUCAAAAACUGUUCUCCAAACAUGGCAGAUAGACAAGGUCGUAAUGACACUCUACGAGCACUGAAAAGGAAAAUUCAAGAAAAUUUCACAACAUGCAAACCAACCAAACUUCCUCGAAUGAUUCAUCAUCAAAAUGGCGGCUAUGGAAUGGGAAAUUCCUCACCUUCAUCUGUAUUACCCCAUGAAACAUUAAUAUGCCAGUCUUUGCCAUCAUCGCAAAAUGAUUACAUUGCACCAGCAUUCGACCAUGGUCCCAUGCAAAUGUUAUAUGCUAGGAGAGACAUCCAACAAACAUUAACUCAGAAGAAAGGUCCAUUAUUGUCUGAUCGUGUUUACAAACCGAUCGUAAAAAUGGAAGACAAAAACAAUAAUGAGCAAGUUGUUCCGGACGUCUCUAUGCCAUCUUGCUAUCUUACGCCAGACGCGUCACCCGUAUCAUCUCCACAACCAUCAAACGACGGCACCUCAAAGGACGUCCGUUCGUUUAAUCCAGUUUUAGUGGCAAAGUAUAUAUGUUCACUGAAGCAGAAACAAAUGAAUGACACUAACGCCGAGAGGAGAUCAAAGAAUCUUCCAAGCCUCGAUGUUUCAUUCGUAGAUUCAUUCUUUGAUGAACUAGGCACAUUUGUUAUGCAAAAUUCUCUAAAAGAUUUUGAUACCAUUGUGAAAGCCGAACCGAUUGACAUCGAUGAUCUCAUUGACGCAAAGGAAACUGACAAUUUUGAUGUAGAGGACAUACUUGCGUUGAGUGACCCUGAACCGGAGAUAAAUGGCGGGAAAUCUUUGAACGAAAUUAAGGUGGAGAUUAACGAGAGCACUUUCAGCGUACCAGAAAGCCAUACAAGCCCACUGCCCUUGUCUCCAGUUUCGUCAAUAACAGAAGACAGGAUGUCGUACGACGAGAAAUCUUACUGUGCACUAACUCCAGAAUCAGACUUCGAUUCUGAUCAUUAUGAAGAGAUUAUGGACCCGGAAAACUGGAUGCUUCAGACACUGAAGUUGCCUUGUUCUGGACUGUUGACAGAACUGGACAAAUAUGGCAAUGUUCCUAUGGUCAGUGUUGACGCCAGUUCCGGUGAAACUGAGCUGCAUCAGCUCAGAAAGUUUAUUUCAUCUUGGACGCCAAGUGGUGUUCUCAGUUCUAACGAAGACUCCCAGUAGGCUAUUGUGUAAGUUUCGACUUACGACCUUUCAUAUGUAAGGCAUAUUGCCACUCCCUAUGCGUCACUUCCGGUUUCUGCUGGCAGAAGAGUAAUGGAAGACGACGAUUGUUCCCCGCUGGACGGGUUUUAUUUGUGCUUUAUACAUUUACAUGACUUUAAGUCUGCUGGUCAGACAUUUUUACAUUUAUACUUUAUUACUUUACAUAUUUGAACUUAAAUAUUAUGUAAUGUACAUAUGAUUUUUACACAUUGUUGCGCUGGUCGCAAGGCUAUUAUGUAACUUUUGUUUGUGAAUUGUAGUGCUGGUCACUACAAUAUAAUUUGCAAAAUAUUAAGCUAUUAGUGCAUUUGAUUUAUGUAGAGUUUAUUAUAUGUAACGCUGGUCGUAUCAUUCAUUCAUUAAUUUUGAUGCUGCUAUUGUAAAAGGAUAGAGAAUUCGUUUUUGAUUCAUUCAUAGACUCUGUUCAUAUACAGCCCUGGAGGCUGUCCCUGUGUAGGUAUGAUUUUAUUUCUGAAGCUUGAACGUUUUCUCUCAAUCAAUGCUGGUCAAAUGAGGCUGGUACCUCUUUCAUCUCAUUCAUGUUUUGAGUUUUAUUUCCCCAAAGAAAUAGAUAUUAAAAUUGUAAUAAUUUUAAAUUAACAUAUUUUAAUCUGUUAAAGUUGACAUUGUAAUAUUUAGAAAUCAGAAUAUCCACGUGCUUUGAUUAAUAAGUAGAUCAGGUACAUUGCGAAUAUAAUACAUCAACUAUUACUGAAUUAUUACUGUCAUUUUAAGUGCUGCUGUGGUUAUAGGUUAUACCACAAACCUCCAGUAAGGAGGAUUAGUGUUUCAUGGUUUCUGCUGGUCAGAGCCAUUUUGUCAGCUUUAUUAUUAAUGAAUAUGUUGUUACAUACCUGUUUUAAUAAAGUCUGAUGUAAUAUA